AGAAGACUCAUUUACAGACAUGCAAUGAGACUUUUACAAUCUAAAGAGAUGAACAGAAAUAUUAAGCACUGAAAAUGGACUUACAUGUUUUUAUUUUUGUUUCUGCCAUCCUGACAAUAUCUGAAGGUUUCACAGUGAAGGGUUCGUCAGGUCCUCUGGUUGUUCCUCUGGGAGGUUCAGUGGUUCUGCCCUGUUCUGUUGAUUCACUCUUACCACUAAAAGAUCUGGAAGUGGAAUGGAGAAGAUCAGACUCACAGACUCUCAUUCAUCUGUAUCAAGAUGAAGAUAUCAGACCAGAGGCUCAACAUCAGGAUUAUCAUGAUAGAGCUCAUUUCUUCACUGAAGACAUUAAACAUGGAAACUUCUCCCUCCUGUUGAACAAUCUGACAGCUGAAGAUGAGGGACAAUACACAUGUAAAGUUCACACUGGACAAGAGUCUGAGGAAACUGUGGUGGAAAUUAAACAUGUUGAGCGUUUGAUAGUGUCAGGAUCAAGUCAGUCCAUAUCUGCAUCUGUGGGUGAGGAUGUAACACUGAGCUGCUCUGUGAACUCUCACAUCAAACCUGAAGAGAUUAAAAAGGUUUUAUGGAAGAAAAGAGAUAAAGAUGGAGACAUUUCGGUUUUGCUCUAUCAAAACAAUGAAACUCAAUCAGAAUCAUCAGAUGAGCGAUACAGAGACAGAGUUGAGUUCUUCACUGAUGAAAUCCACAGAGGAAACUUCUCUCUCAGACUGAAGAGAGUCACAACUGAAGAUAAAGGAGUUUACAUCUGUCAAGUGUUUACUGGACGACUUUCAGCAAACACAACGGUGAUACUGGAGAGACUGGGUUUCUCAGUUUUACACAUAAUAGUGUUGAUUCUGUGUAUUACUGCAUGUGGAUCUGCUCUUCUGUUCUGUUCUCUCAUCUACUGCAGACCAAACAUGGGGUUCAUCCUGGAAGGUUCGUAUUCCUUUCCUUAUGGAGUUUCAGCAGUUCUGCCCUGUUUCAUUGAUCCACGUUUGAUAACAAAACAUCUGAAGGUGGAAUGGAGCAAAUCAGGUUUGGAGAGUCCAGUGUGUGUUUAUGAAGAUGAAGAUAUCAGACCAGAGGCUCAACAUCAGGAUUAUCAUGAUAGAGCUCAUUUCUUCACUGAAGACAUUAAACAUGGAAACUUCUCCCUCCUGUUGAAGAAUCUGACAGCUGAAGAUGAGGGAAAAUACACAUGUAAAGUUCACACUGGACAGAGAUCUGUGUUUACAGUGAACGUGAAGUUGGAAGACAGUUACAAUGGGUACCGAGUGUAUUAUUCUUGUGAUCUCGUUGUUCCUCCGGGAGGCUCAGUGAUUCUGCCCUGUUUAAAUAAUCAUUUACCAGUAGAAGGGCUGAAGGUUGAAUGGAGAAGAUCAUAUUCACAGACUCUCAUUCAUCUGUAUCAAGAUGAAGAUAUUAGACCAGAGUCUCAACAUCAGGAUUAUCAUGAUAGAGCUCAUUUCUUCACUGAAGACAUUAAACAUGGAAACUUCUCCCUCCUGUUGAACAAUCUGACAGCUAAAGAUGAGGGACAAUACACAUGUCAAGUUCACAGUGAAGAGAGAACUUCCAGAAGUAGAAGUGGUUCCAGGAGUGAUUCUGGGAGAGAUUGCUGGAGUGAUUCCAGAACAGAUGAGUUUAAAGUCAGCACAGUGUUGGUACCAAGAUUACUAGAAUCAGUUUUUCGUCUUCAGAUGUGUCUGAUCUUCUGUCCAAAUCUCAUCAUGUUCUUUGCUUUUAUCUUCUGGGGUGUUUCUGAAGGAUCUGUGAAUGAGACGAUCUGCUGUUGUACUCUUUAUAUUCUCAGACCUCUCACGUUACUUUGGGCGGCUCCAUAUAUAAAUUAUUUUAAAAACAAAAUUAAAGAACUGAUUUUGGAGUACAGUUAUGUUGCUGAAUAUUUUGUUUUGACAGCUGUUGUUUAUUCAGCUCUUUUUACAACUACUUUGGGGAAAAUUCUAAAUUAUGCAGCAUUUGAUCGAGUCUUGAUCUUUAUCCUCUAUGUAUUAAUGUUUAUCUGCUGCUUUAGUAAAAGCAUUUACAUUUUGGUUGCAAAGAUUGGAAAGAAAACAGGACGAAUAAUUAAAAUAUUUGAUAUUGUUGCUGAUCUGACCUUUGAGAUUCUGCCUAUGCUACAAUUCAUCCUUCUGUUUUAUACAUUUGGAUCAGCCAGAGGAGGAAUCAUCAUCAUUGUUGCCAUUUUACCCAUGUUACUAACAAUGACAAAUGACAGAAUGUUUUACAAAUGUAGUAGCCGCUUAAACUGGUCAGAUGAGCUCAUAACAACAGUUCAGCUCAUUGUCACAUUAGUGAUGAAUGCACUCAUGAUCGGCUUUUACAUCUUUACACUGGACAAUAAAACAGAUCCUAUUGGAUGGGCCUGUGCGAUGGUGUUUCUGCAGAUACUCUGGGCAGUUGUGAGAUUCUUAGAUCAGUCUUGGUAUUCCUUUGAUCUGGGUUUUCCUCGUUAUAUCUCUGUGUAUGUGUUUGGAUCAGUUGGUGUUGUUUUAUUCAUUGCUGUUACUCUGAUAACUGAACUGACACUGAAAACAGUUAAUGGUGAACGUGCACUGAUGGAUCUGAGAUUCAUUGUCUUUCCAUCUGAAUGUUUCUUCAUCUUAUCUGUGGUGAUUUUAGGACAAGUUGGAUCCAAGAUUAAAACACGUAUGCAUUCAUGUCAGAAAACAAUGAGAUCUAAACUAAAUUCAGCCAGAAGAUCACAGCAGAACCAAGAUUCACCGCAGAAUCCGGUGACAGUCGAGCUACUGGAUCAAAACUGAACCAUGACAUGAACUCAAACAUCUACUGAAGAUCAGAGAACUGUUAGGAAUGAAGUUAUAGAAGAAACUUCAGACUUGUUGGAUCCAAUCAUCUCACAUAAUGAACAAUGAGUGAAGACCAACACGUUACAAAUGCUUCUGUUUAGCUCAGUGGUAGAGCUUUGUUUUUACAGUGCAAAAGGCAACCCAGUCACGGAGUUGCGUAAGAAUAGCACGAAAUGUGAAAAUCGUGCAAUAUAUACGCCAAAUUCCACUUUGGCAUGCUAUGCCAGUCCUUCCAAUUCACUUAAACGGCGCAUCUUUUUUGUCAUCUUAUUUAUUAGUUUCUCAAAUUUGUUGCUUUUUUUACCAUUUUCACUUGGCUUUAGGGUAUAUAUAACUUUUUGUUAUAUAAAAAUGACAUCCUAACCCAAACCCCAAUUCUAACCUCAACUCCAAGCAACCAUGGCUUAAAUAUAGACAAAAACUCAAAUCUUACCCUAAUCCCAAGCGGAAAUUGUUUAAAAAACAAUUGAGAAACUAAUAAAUAAAAUGACAAAAAAAGAUGUGCCGUUUAAGUGAAUGGGAAGGAAUGGCGUAUCAUCUGCACGCAUUGCAUGAUUUUCACACUUCAUGCUUUUUAUACGCAUCUACAUGAGACUGGGUAGCAAAAAGUCAUGGGUUCAAACAGGGAACACAGAUACCUAUAAAGUGUAUACUAUAAUGUAUACUUUGUAAUGGACUGUAAGUUGCUUUGGAUAAAACCGUCAGCCAAAUGCAUAAAUGUAAAUAUAUAAACAGUGUGAUUGUCUGAUCAAACGCUCAUGAGAUCUAACAGACUAACCCCUGGUUUCACAGACAGGUCUUAAAGGGGGUUGCACACCGGUCGCGCAGUCGCAUCUAGGACAAUUCGGAGGUAUCGUACACUGUAAAUGCACAUUAAAUAGCGCAAGCUUAGUCAGAUAGCGUCUACUUCAAAAUGCUAAAUAUACGUUAGCAGCCAAUUUUAAUCGUAAUAUGAUGUUAUUUAAUGUUAAACUAUGUGAGUGGCGCUCUGUGGUGCCACAGGGAUUUGAGCAACUUCCUGAGUUGUAGCUGGGCACCGCGGACAGGCACCACCUGUCGGCGCCGGUGUGCGUAUACUCAAAGAAAGCAAUGUGUUUGAUUUUUUUUAGCACGGUGCUGCACCUAGACUAAAACACAUGUUUGAGCUGUCUUAACUGAAAAUAACUUGCACUGACAGAUCUUAAAAUUACCAUUGAUUUGCCAGUGCCAUUGAAUUUUCUCGAUACACACCAGUAACAUUGUUUUCUAAGGCAUGUUUAUAAAAGAUGCUUAAACAUCUUAAUUUAACUAAGGCCUAUAGUCCUGGAUUUAGCUAAGCCUUGUCUGUGAAACCAGGCCUAUGAGUUUAGAGUUUAUUUGAUUCAUAAUGUAAAUAGUUUUGUAUAGUUAGUACUAGUUUUUUUAACUUGUUAAGUAUUAAUGUUUUCACCCAUGUUGAAGUAGCUGCAUAGAUGAAGGAUGUUCAGUUGUCAGAACACACUUCAUGCUUUGUAUUUAUGUGUUGUUAUUUAAUGUAAUAAAUCCAUAUACACACAAAUAUAACUGAAGUCAAAUGUGUUUGUUUACUAUGCAUUGCAAAUAACAGAUCAAAUAUAUUUUAUUUAUGUUAAGGUGCCCAAAUUUAUAAAAUAAAGAGUGGGGACAUUUCCUACAGUAGUUCAAUGGUCAAAAAUAUAAUUGAAAUCUUAAUGUUAUUAUCUAUGAAUUAAAAAAAUGGGGACAAAACCUUUUUGAAUGUUUUCAUCUUUUUAUUGUUGUUGACAGAACACCAAAAAACAGGACUGAUCCCGGAGAAAUCUGGUCACCUUAAUUUAAAUUCAUGUUAUGUUUAGGAUCAGUUGUACAGUGUUGAGGUCAGUGUGAUGUCAUGUGCGUUAAUAACAGGUGCCUGUGUGAUGCUCACAUCCACUGAUGAAAAUGAAGUUGCUAUACCGUGCCCUAGAAGGAUCGUUUUUGAAUGUGUGGUUCCAUAAAGAAACUACUUUCUGUUUCAUAAAAGGUUCUUUGUAGUGAACAAAGCUUUAAUGAACUAUAAUGUUUAAAGACUAUGAAAGGAUAAUAAAUAAAUGGUUAU